UCUUAGUGCUUCGUUAUCUAAUCGGAGAUACGCCCGGACCACUUUGGAACUGUCGGAUCCCCCUCGGCAUCUCGGCGUUGGUUAUUCAGUGAGGGCAACCAAUAGGGUGAGAGGUAGGCAGAUUAGAUAAGAAUUAUUCUGUGAACAGAGGGACCUCAAAGGCUCAACCACAAUGCGGGCAUGUACUUCCGUACCGACAGAACCCCGCGGGUCCGCCACUCUCUCAGGUUCCUAAGCACCGACCUCCGACAUCCAACCUCCAAUCUCACCACCUUCACGUAGCUUCGCUGCCAACCGCCACGCUUCCUAAGGAGCGUCCAGUUUUCCCACGUCUAGUGUCGCGUUUCCGUACAGGCACCAUACCUACCUACCUACCUACCGAACCUCAUAGGUAAUACCUACACAGCGAAUCCGCCGUGUCCACCACCACCAAACGUAUCAGAAUCCGACUCCAUUUUCCCUCCGCCCUCUCAAGACAACAACAAGUCGCGCCACUCCUUUCUACUUCUACCCCCCAGCACCAACGCCGGCAACAAGACGCCCGCCAUGGCCCAGUCGACCGCGCACCGCCGCCUCCUGCAGGAGUACAAGAUGCUGACCAACAACCCGCCGGACGGGAUCACGGCCGGCCCCGUCAGCGAGGACGACAUGCUGCACUGGGAGGCGCUGAUCCAGGGGCCCGAGGGCACGCCCUUCGAGGGCGGCAUCUUCCCGGCCGAGCUCAAGUUCCCCAAGGACUACCCGCUCGCGCCGCCCAAGAUGACCUUUCUGGGCGAGAUUUUCCACCCGAACGUGUACCCGAGCGGGCUCGUCUGCAUCUCGAUCCUGCACCCGCCGGGCGACGACCCGAACCACUACGAGCACGCGUCGGAGCGGUGGAGCCCGAUCCAGUCGGUCGAGAAGAUCCUCAUCUCCGUCAUGAGCAUGCUCGCCGAGCCCAACGACGAGAGCCCCGCCAACAUCGAGGCCGCCAAGAUGUGGCGCGACCGCCGCCCCGAGUACGAGCAGCGCGUCCGCGACGGCGUCCGCCGCAUGCUCGGCCUCUGAGUCCGGCCGUCGGGGGCCAGGGCGAGGGCUGCGGGAAUGCGACAGAGGGAAUCAAAUAUAGCGAGGGGGGAAAGGCGGUGGGGCGACGUGUGGAUGAAGGACCGAGGGGGUGGGUAAGAUGGGAGGAGAGGCGCGUCUGGGAAGAUACGUCGUGUUCUUCUGUCCGCGCCAUAUGGGGAAUGUGGCUGCGAGAUCACGACGCUGCGUGAGACGAAAGAACUUAGAUGCUCAUCCUACGCCAUGUACGGGAUUAUGCGGUUAGCAGUUCUCCCCGGCAUGUUUUUCGUGUUUUUCGAACCGAGACGACGCCAUUACAAGCUACCAUGGCGCCUCGGGGUAGGAACAGUAAGUACCUAACCCCGCGAGACAGACCGGGUGGGCGCGGAAGGCGAGACAGAUAAUUCGGAUGUAUCGCGUCGUCGAGAUAUCACAGUAUCUAGAUCACGGCGGCGCUGUCGAAGGGGGUUGCGGCGGCGAACCAUUUUAAUCGUGCUCAAACACAUCAUGCAUAGCGGGUGUAGCAGGCCUGUUCUCGGUUGGUAAUCAAAAAGUUGAAUCCCUUUCCCACACGUAGGCAGCUUCAAUGCCUGGCUUCUGUCUCGUGCAAUCGUCGGGAAUUC